CUUGUUUUACGUUUUACCAACCGUCAUUUAGAUUCUGCUGCAAUUGUUGCAAUCGUUAAUUAUAAGUUAAAACCAUGAAAGACAGUGGGAAUAAGUGUCGUUUGCUAAUUCUUUAUGGAAGCCAGACAGGCACAAGUCAAGAUCUCGCCGAGCUCAUUUGGCGCGAAUCGCACAAACGAAACUUUACCGGCCCCGUAAUGGCCAUGGAUGAUUACGAUAUUGGGAAACUGAUCGAGGAGAAACUCGUCGUUUUUGUGUGUGCAACUACUGGCCAAGGAGACGAACCAGAUAACAUGAAGAAAUUCUGGAAAUUCUUGUUGAGGAAAAGUCUACCUCGCGACUCUCUAACUGACAUGAGGUUUGGAGUGCUGGGGCUAGGCGACUCCAGUUACGCAAAAUUUAAUUUCGUUGCGAAAAGACUACACAAAAGAUUGUUGCAGUUGUCAGCAAGGAAUUUAUUGCCUUUAGGACUGUGCGAUGAUCAACACGAUUUAGGGCCCAGCGCGGUAUAUCUAAACUGGAUACAGGACUUAUGGAAUGAACUAAGUGUAUUCAAUCCUAGCUCCAAAAUCUUAAGCAGUUCUGACAGUAGAAUGUGGCAGUAUCGCUGGAGAGUAGAAAAAACAUCGGGCGAAAGUCAUGGUGAUGCUACCGUAGCCGAUUGGCCGCUAAAUGAAAGGACUUUUCCAAUUACACUAGAGAAAAAUAUUCGGACGACGACAGAAGAUCAUUUCCAAGACGUUCGAUUUCUGAGCUUCAGCAUAAAUAGUUCUGCCAAUUGGGAACCUGGGGAUGUGGUUGCUGUGAAGCCAAAUAAUCCGGACGAGAAAGUGAAACGGCUUUUCGAAUUGUUUAAAGAACAUAAUUUGGACUUUGACGCAAAUACGGUAGUUUCUGUGAACAAAAUUGACAAUGAAAUGCCAGUUCCUAUAUACUUUCAAAAGCCCAUUCGACUUGGCUUAGUAGCGAAAUAUCUCUGGGAUCUUAAUGCCAUUCCACGGCAGCGUGCUUUCGAAUUGCUAGCUUUAAACUGUAAAGACGAAUUGGAACAAGAAAAGCUAAUUGAAUUCACUACUCCCGAGGGUCUAGAGGAUAUGUACAACUACACAAGUCGUCCCAGGAGAACUAUCCUCGAAGUGCUUCACGACUUUCCACACGCUACCUCGGCGCUUACGAUCCCUGUUCUGUUUGAACUCUUCUCUAUUAUCCAACCACGAUUAUUUUCAAUUGCUUCCAGUCGAAAAAGUAAUAAAUUGGAGAUAUUGGUGGCUGUUGUUGAGUACAAGUUAAAAUUAAGUGAACCACGGAGAGGCUUGUGUUCAAACUGGCUAAAAGAUCUUCAAGUGGGCACUACAAUAUCGGCCAGUUUUCGGAAAGGGACUAUGAAGAUCCCUCGACAAGCAAAUGUUCCGCUUAUCAUGGUUGGACCUGGAACUGGGCUGGCACCAUUCCGAUCAAUUCUCAUGGACAGAUGGAUGGAAAACGAUGGCAAAGACAGAAAUGUUUUGAUCUUCGGUUGUAGGAGUCAAUUUAAGGAUUUCCAUUGCAAAGCUGAUUUGCAAAAGAUGGAAGAUGAAGGGAUUGUAAAGUGUUACUACGCCUUUUCUCGUGAUCAGGAUCAUAAAGUCUAUGUCCAGCAUAAAAUUGAAGAAGCUGAAUCUGAGCUGAAACCUCUUAUUUUCGACGAGCAUGCAACAAUUCUCGUAGCUGGAAAUUCGAAAGAUAUGCCCCAGUCUGUGAAAGAAGCUUUUACCAGAGUAGUUGGGAGUGCUGACUAUAUCGAGAAAAUGAUAAAAGAAGGACGCUACCAGGAAGAGACCUGGUCAUAGAGAAAAUAUGACUUCACAUAAAAUUGUAGUUAAAUUUGUAUUAUUUAUUGUGUAAUGGUUUAGCAGUAAUUACCAAUAAGAAUAAAGUUAU